CCUGCUUAUAUCAAAACUUAACAGCUGGUUCCAUCAAUUCCUCAACUUCAUGAAUCCUUCAACAAUGGAGCUGCAGCUAACUCUGAUACUCAGCUGCCUGCUUUUCUCCACAGCGCUGGCACUGCAGUGUUAUCAGUGUAUACCUGAUUCAUCAGGACACUGUGAAAGCACCGUGACUCAAUGUCCAGAUCAGUGCGGCAGCAUAACCACCACCACCACCGCCACAACGAACAAAGAUGGGAUGCUUACGAGCGUCAGUGUAAAGUCUUGUUUGGAAGCUGCACAGUGCAUCAAUGGGAGUAUACGCGUGUUGAAUCAGCUAACAGUUAACGUCAACACCAAGUGCUGCUCUACUGACCUCUGCAACACAGAAACACUGCCAGCUCAAACCAAUCAGAUUUCCAAUGGACGGAGGUGUUACACGUGUGCUGGAGAGAACUGCACUGCUGAUUGUCAAGGAGGUCACUGCAACAGCACAAUAGGAACCGUGGACUGUGUAGGAAAUGAAGAUCGCUGCAUCAGUAUAACAGUUAGUGCAUAUGGAGUUACAACCUCUCUAGAAGGAUGUGCAUCCAAAAGUGUUUGUGAUUUGAUUGCAGUACAGGAAAUGCUGGGCUUGGGUACUUCUGUGACGUGUUGUGAGGGGAAUCUGUGUAAUGCUGCUGAGAUCUUCUCACUGAGUUUCCUUCUCAUGUUUGUUCCUCUGCUCUCCUCCAUCAACUUCUACUAAGACUUCUUUUUCCUAAAUCUCUCUCAUUUAUCUGAGAAUUAAUGAUGAUAUCUCUAUGGGUCUAUAGUGAACCUUUUUGGGGUCUAACAGUGAAAUGAGUCUCUUUGUUUGAAUUUAAGUGAAUUAAUAGUUGUAUCCCCCCCCACUUAUCUUCCUGUUGGAUGUUUAUAUUUUACGGCUAUAACUUCAUGAUGUUGUUUUUUGUUUCUGAUAUUUUUUCCUGAAAGCUGCUUGCAACAUUUGGACCAGGAAAAGCCAAAAUAAUUGGGGUAAAGCAGAUGAAAUAAUUGAAGUGUGUUAAAUUAUGCAUCAUAGACUAGAAAUAAUAUGAAUAAUAUACUUGGGCAGUAGGAAUGUAAACAAGUAUGAAUACCUUUUUAAUACAGCAAAAAAGAUUCAUAAAUAGGAAGCACACUAUUCUAUUCACACUUAAAUAAAAGGUUAUACAAACAGGAGGUUUUCAUUUGUAUAGAGUGUCAGAAAACACAC